UUUGGGUUUCAUUGCUCUCACGGUUCUUAUUACUUUUUUGGAAGAGAGUAAAACCAAAUGUGACAUAACAGAACAGAAUCGGUCAAGUCAAAAGGGUGGACAUAAUAGAAAAUGUGAAAACAUAAUACAAGGUGAUCAUCAAUGGUUACCAUAAUGCCUCCCGCUAUCUCUAAUAGAAUUGCCUAUACAAUUAGUUAUAAUACAAUUGAACAAAACCGUAAAGAACAAAACCGACAAAGCCAAACCAUUGGAGACAUUGUAGGUCUUCAAAAGUGAUAAAAGUCAACGAGAAUGGGCGUUAUAAUGAAUCUCAUUAUCUUCACAGCUGAUGCCUAAAUUUUCGAACCUGAUACUAUCCAGCAAAACAGAAUAGGGGAACAUCAGUUAAAAACCAGAUUGUGAGAGUAAUACAGGGCUUUAAAUCGAGGUAAUGGAAAGUCAAAGUGGGUUACUAUAAUAUAUCCUGCUAUUUUUUUCCUUUAAUUAAAAGGAUAAAAAUUUUAAAAAGUAUUAAAAAAGUAAAUAAUGGAGUGGAGAUUGAGAUAAAAGAGGGCAUAACAAUGAAACAGCACAGAUCAAAACAUAACCAUUUAAGCAGAAUAGUGUUUCACCACCAGAUAAUCCUGACCUAAAAGUAGUUACCAUAUUGUCUCUUGCGGAGCCAGUUCUUUAGAAAUGAGUUGCCAAGGAAUAGUUCCUACGCAGUCCUUCAGGCAGCAGGGGACGUGAAGACUUAUGCACCCAUCUCAUGCCCAGAGGUGGCCGGGGGUCUGUGCUAUCUGCCAGGUGGAUGUGGGGGCAUGCCUGCACCCUGCUGUCGGCAUGCUGCAAGGGCUGCUUUUGCCUGGGAGACUCAUCUUUGCGCCAGGCUGAGCUUUGCCAGGCCCUGACAUGGAGUCAUUAACUAUAUAUGAGCUUUAAUCAGCUCAGUCUCCAAGAUUUCACAGAAGAAAUUAUUCUCAUAGCUGUUUAUCUACCAUCCUUCCUUACCUUGUUCCAAAAGUCCUGCCCUUCACCAGACUAUAUUUUAGUACAAUUGCAAAGUCCUGGUGACUUUGUUCUUCAGAUGCCUUCCAUGCCACUUCUCCUUAGUACCUUAUCCAUCCUGCUUUCCAGUGGAACUCACCAUGUGUCCCCACCUCUCUGCUUAACCUAGCUGCAGGGUCUCACCAAUUAUUUGAGCUGGGGGUCCCAGGGUCACCGAAAGUGUCCUGCUCCUCAGAGCCUCUGUCCUCAGCUUAUCCGUGUUGCCCUGAAGCCCUCCCAGUGGUGCCCACUUGGAAGCGCAAGGCUUCCCCGGAAUCCUGCACCAGCGCCUGUGUCAGAUGGAACAUCGAGGGCCUUUUGCCGCCCGUGCCACCCAGCUGCCCUCACCUCUACCAUCCCUGCCCACCUGUCACACAGACCUCUGUGCAGUACUGCUGUUCUUGCCCUUGCCUAGAUAUUUUUAUGCCAUUUCUCCAACAAGAAAGCGGUGCUUUCUGGAUGGGGGAGGAGGGUUCCGUUGCUGAAUUCUAAGGAGUAAACAUAUGACACUGUACAUGGCAUAGGAAUCUGGGUACCAUACUGCACUUCUGUGUCUCUUUGACAAAAGUACACAUUACUGAAGAAAUGGGGGUGGCAUUUUAAAAGGAGCUUGCUUGUAGCAUCAGUAACAGUUAAAGCAGGAAAGAACCUCAUGUAAGGCAGUUUUGUUUCCUUUCUGCACAACUAGAACAUCAUUCAGGCGGAGAGCACAGCACAAGGGAAAGCGGUGAACAGCACAGGCCACACGCAGCGUGGCAUUCCUGCGGGGGGGGGGGGCGUGGCAGCAGUAAGCCCAGCCCACCGCAGCAGCAGGCCAGCAGUGGGUGUUGCUUUCUUCUCUACACCCUUUAUCCUCAAAGUGCUGCCUCCACCUUGUCCAGCUCCUUCAAAAUGUGACUCUACCCAGGCAUUGAAGUUUUUCUCUUCUAUAGCAGAAGCCGCGCCCCUCGGCUACUCCUAACAGUUGUUAUCCAGUGGAGGCAUUACUAAGAAUUGGUAUUCCAUAUUCUGAAAGUGAAAAUGUGAAAUUAAGUGUUUUCUGAUCAUAUAUUUUCUCUAAAAAUGCACUUAUUCUAUCCAAGUGUUUCUUCAGCACUUCUAUCAAAAAAAUACAGGGAUGUUUGGUUCUGAGAAAUUGAAUGAUAUCUUCAUAGAGUUGUAAGGUAUCCAGCUUAUCCCACAUUAUCACAAUUAAUUUUUUACCUCCCCUGUUUAAAAGAGAAGUAGAAAGGGCUGUCCCAAAAAAAUAUUCAAAGAAAGGAAUAACACAUUUUAAACAUCUUAAUGUGUAUAAAAGGCAGUGGUUGCAUCAUAAAGACAUUUUUCUAAAAUGUAGUAAUCUCAGUAAUUUGAAAGUAAUUCUUUGAGUAGCCAGAUAAGGACAUUCAAGAAACAAAAUGAAGUAAUCUAAGUUUAGGAAAAAUCUCUUUAAAUGGCAUAUUCUUCCUUAUAGUUGAACAAUUUGUCCAAAACAAUCCAUUCAUGUAGGAUUUUUGCUGUUCAGAUCUAAGUGGGAAUCAGUAGUUUCUUUGUUGGUCACCAUGGAAACGAGUAGGCCUAUGCUGAAUAGCUCUUAGAUCAUGCAGAGCGAUGCUGUGUCUCAGAGCACUUGCUCAUAGCGCAAGCCGGGCUGCCUGCUCCUGCCUCCAGCUCCUGCCUCCCGGGAGCCGAUGCCAUGCAGAUGCCGGAUGCAUCCCGGAGACCGUCGGCUGUGCACUUCCUCAGCUCCUUCCUGCAGGGUCGCCGACACUCCACCUCGGACCCGGUAGUGAGGCUGCAGCAGGCUCGGCGAGGCUCCGGUUCCGCCACAAAGCUCCUGUCCUCAUCCUCUCUCCAGGAAGCUCAGGACGCCCAACACCAAAGUACACGAAAGUGGGGGAGCGUUUGCGGCAUGUCAUCCCUGGGCACAUGGCAUGCUCCAUGGCAUGCGGCGGGAGAGCCUGCAAGUACGAGAACCCGGCGCGCUGGAGUGAGCAGGAGCAAGCCAUUAAGGGGGUUUACUCCUCAUGGGUCACGGACAGCAUCCUGGCCAUGGCCCGCCCGUCCUCUGAGCUCCUCCAGAAGUACCAUAUCAUUGAGCAGUUCCUCAGUCAUGGCAUAAAAACAAUCAUCAACCUGCAGCGGCCUGGUGAACAUGCCAGCUGUGGGAACUCCUUGGAGCAGGACAGCGGCUUCACGUACCUUCCGGAGGCGUUCAUGGAGGCCGGCAUUUAUUUCUAUAACUUCGGCUGGAAGGAUUAUGGUGUAGCAUCUCUCACUGCCAUCUUAGAUAUGGUGAAAGUAAUGACAUUCGCCUUACAAGAAGGAAAAGUAGCCAUCCAUUGCCAUGCAGGGCUUGGCCGAACAGGUGUUCUGAUAGCGUGUUACUUAGUAUUCGCCACAAGAAUGACCGCCGAUCAAGCAAUUAUAUUUGUGCGGGCCAAGCGACCCAAUUCCAUUCAAACUAGAGGGCAGCUGCUCUGCGUCCGGGAAUUUACUCAGUUUCUGACCCCUCUCCGGAAUAUCUUCUCUUGCUGCGACCCCAAAGCACAUGCUGUCACCUUAGCCCAGUACUUAAUUCGCCAGCGUCAUCUGCUUCAUGGUUAUGAGGCACGACUUCUGAAACAUGUGCCAAAAAUCAUCCACCUGGUUUGCAAACUGCUGCUGGACUUGGCCGAGAACAGGCCAGUGGUGAUGAAGGAUGGCUUGGAAGGCUCUGGGCUCUCUGCGGAAAUCGAAAAGACUGUCUCUGAGAUGGUCACCAUGCGCCUGGAUAAAGAGUUACUGAAGCAUCAUAGUGACAUAACGGACCCAUUUAACUCCACCGCAGUGGCAGCGGAGUUCGAGAAUCAAGACAUGAUUCUUUCCAGCGAGCACGAGUUUGACCCUCUUUGGAAGAGGCGGAAUGUUGAGCGCCUCCAGCCCCUGACUCAUCUGAAAAGGCGGCUCAGCUACAGUGACUCAGACUUGAAGAGGGCAGAGGCUCUCCUUGAGCAAGGGGAGACUCCGUGGACAGUGCCUGCCCCGGACUUCCUGAGCCACAGCAUCCAGCAGCAGAGGCCCAGCAGCCCCUGUUCCAUCCCACUGUCUCCAGAGCUGGAUCUCAGUAAGGAGGCACUGGUUCGAAGUACGUUUUCUUUCUGGAACCAGUCUAAGUGUGGCGACUUGGAAGGCUGCAAAGAGGACAGGUCACCACUUUGCCAGAGGAGAGAUAGUUCAAAGGAGAUACAGCGGAGUCGGACCUUCUCUGUGGGUGUUUCGGGUUCACACAACCCCAGGGAGCCGGUUACAUCCACCUUUCUCAGUGUCUCCAAGACGCCAGAUGCCUCUCAGCAGCACGUGGCUCACUGUCAGCAUGAACCUCACAGUGGCUGUGUCCCGGGCUGUGUGGAGGAGGAGGGCAGGACCCACUGCAGACCUCUGGACUAUGGCUCCAGUCCCCAGGCCCAGGGGCUGGUUGGACCUGAUGUCCCAGAGGGCAGAGAUCUGUCUGGAGCAGUGCCACAUGCCAACUUGCAGUCUGAACCAAGUGUGGAAGCACGGAGAAUCCUGGCGGCCAAAGCCUUGGCAAACUUAAAUGAGUUUGUAGAAAAAGAGGAAGUGAAAAAGAAGGUGGAAAUGUGGCAGAAAGAAUUAAAUUCCCGAGACGGAGCCUGGGAAAGGAUAUGUGGUGAAAGAGACCCUUUCAUCUUGUGUGGCUUGAUGUGGUCUUGGGUGGAGCAGCUGAAGGAACCUGUGCUCACUAAGGAGGAUGUGGACAUGUUGGUGGACAGACAGGCCGAUGCUGCUGAAGCCCUGUUCUUAUUAGAGAAGGGGCAGCAUCAGACUAUCCUUUGUGUGUUGCAUUGCAUCGUGAAGCUACAGGCAAUCCCCAUGGAGGUGGAGGACGCGUGCCUCGCUCAUGCUGUCAAAGCUUUCACUAAGGUGAAUUUCGAUUCUGAAAAUGGACCAAUAGUUUACAACACCCUGAAGAAAAUAUUUAAGCACACAUUGGAAGAAAAAAGAAAAAUGGCAAAAGAUAGUCCCACACCUGGCCUCUCAUGAAGCUGACUUUCUCCGCACCAGGAAUAUUUUGGACCUAAAGACCCAAUAGCGUUUCUGCCCGUGUGUGAAUAAGCUGAAGCUAUAGCGCUGCUGCUUCUCAUGGCACUGUACUCUGAAUACUGUUGGCUUGUGCUGAGAAACACCGUUCCUUUCAGAGCUGUUCUUUGUUUUAAAGUAGCUUGAGCCACAACUUAGUCUUGAAAAAAUUGCCAUAAAGUUGGUGCCACUUUUAUUUAUUUAAGUGAAAUGAUACUAUAUUAACAUUUUAAGUAUUUGGUGUUUACAUCUUUAUUUUCUUUGACAUUUCUUUGACAUUUUCCUUUCAAAACAAUUAUUUUCUUGAUGGAACUCUUCCUAGAGCUUCUACCAAACAGAGCACGGUAGUAGUGAAACCCUGCUGUGUAGUACAGCCCUGGACACCUGACCCGAGAGAGUCACCAUGUGUCUUAACAUGUUUUAUAUUUGUUACCAAGGAGGCUAGUGAUACAUUUUUAAAGGAUUUUUUUAAACUUCGAAAGGUUUUGGACUUUUUUUCUUUUUAUAAAUGUGACAAAGGGUUUCAAAGUGUAUCCUUUUUGGAGCGAUUUAGUUUUCCUUUAGUGGACUGCCCAUGAAGUGGUCAGGGUUUUUUACUUGUAGAAAGUAGACUCUAGACAACUCCAGCCUGGGCUGUCACAGCAGGCAGGGGCAGCUUUCAGCCCCCAGGCCUUAAUCCCCACACCCUGAGCUGCUGCUGAGCUGGACCCCCAGACAAUCAGGGGUCAGAAGCAGGCGGUGUGGGCCCCUGCUCGCCUUGGUCCCCAACGAUGUCAAAGCAAGGACAGCCGGUGGCUCAUGGGUAGGGCUCUGUGCCAGCCUUGCUCCCUCUGGGCUCCAGAGCAGCCCAGACUGGAGGGAGGUGGGGAAGGGCAUCUCAGGAGCAGCCGUGCCACGUCUGCCGUUCCACAGACUCACCUGCCCGUUUUGACUGCUUUUUUACUAGGAGAAUUACAGUUUUUACAUGGAUGCCCCGGUUGUGUUCACCUAGCUGCAGGGAGAGUGGAUGCCUGCCCCAAGUCAGUCCUUGCAGCCAAACGAUCACACAGCAGUUGAAGCCAUAACUUUUAUUUAAGUAAAUAACAUGGAAGUAGCCUUGGCCAUGCCGGAGAAAGGAAAGUAGCAUUUUCAGUAAAGGUUGUAAUAAUCAGACCAACUUCACACUGAAGAAGCUGCUACUUAAUUUCAAGAUGGAAUUUCAGGGGAAAUAAGACUAACACAGGAAAAUGAAAUUUCUCCAACACAUGCCUUUGUGAAUUAUGCGCAGAUACUUCAAAAAUGUUUGAAGUCAUGUUUGAGUUGUUCACACGAACUCCAAUGGCAAAGGGCAAUGUCAUUUUCUUCCACACUGUUUGGGAAAAAUCAAACCCAGUGAAUGUUAUGAUUUGCCCACUCUGAAAUGUUUCAUUUUCAAGUGCCUAGCUAGCAUAGGAACGAAGAGGAAACAAUUGUAUUUUAUAUAGAGGUAUGUUAAAAAUGCAGGAUUUUACCAAAAAGUUUGUAUAUCUAUUAACAUACAUGCACUGCACCACCAUAGCUCUUAGGCCAGCUCUUGUUUUGUUUUGUUUUGUUUUGUUUUGUUUUGUUACCAGAAAGCCAGCUAUUUUCCUUUGCCUCUGAAGCAGUUGUUCCAGUUAGAGAAGUGUUGUGUUGUGGAGCACAGCACUGCAUGCCUGAACAUUCAGACACACAAACCUGAAGGGAGAGCUGGUCAGACUGUGUAGUUCAUGCAAGCAUUGUAUUUAUUUAAAUAAAAAUGAAAGGAACAACCUGUAA